AUGCUGAUAGCCCCUUUAAGGUCGAAGACCAUUAUGACCUCCCAAUCCGACAACUGUCGCCACCCUCAGCCUUCAGGAGUACACUUCGAGCCACAACAUGAGUACCAGUCCUAUCAACAACACAAUGAGCCCGAAACCGAGUUUCCUCUUGAUAUAUACAGUCAUCUUGCUGCCUUGCGACUCCAGGGCAACCAGAAUACAGCAGCCAUUAGGCGCAUCGAGGAGCAGCAAGCUCGCACCAACAACUACAUGGAGGAUCUUUGGCAUCAUUUUCAGCCCGAAGGCGGUUACCGUCCUCGUGGGCCUCCUCCACCUUGA